AUGACAGCGGCUAGGCCAGUCAAAGCAUUUUUAUCGGUUUCGAAUUGUUGGUACCUUUCAUCUAGAGAUCAUUCCUCACGCCGCUCGACUUCUGGAAACAGCGACUUGCAUCGAGCGCGUUCUCAGCAGGCAGUGCGCUUCCCUCGGACACGUUGCCUACCGAGUCGCUGCGUUGGCCGAGUCAGACGCCACGGACUUGCCCUUGAAACGCUGCUCCUACAGUUGCAAGGCUUGGGGCCGCAGAAAUCGCCCUUGGGAAGACAGCAGCUUCAAGUCCCAAACGACAGGGGCACAGACUUAGCUCCGACGCUCGCUGUUGCUUCUGGUGACGAUGGCGGUUGCGGGGGCCGGAUCAGCACGCCCGGUCGAGGAUGGUACUAUCGCUGGGGAGCUGGUGGGUACGCAUCUUCGUCCGAUGAAAGGGACAACGGCGAUGCGGAGCACCAGAGCUUCGAGCAACCAGGACAGGAGGCUGCCGGUCACGCGAGCUCCGGUACCGGGAGUGACGCGUCCGACCACGAACAGCUGCUGCGAAAGAUGAACCGCCCUGUGGAAUCUGUGCCACGGGAACUCUUUACUCUAGACCUGAAAACUGCGCAAACGUACCUUGUAGCAACGGCAAGCGGCCUACCUCGGUUCCUCACCGACCGCUUUCCCGCAUGGCAAGCGAAAAUGCUCGCUGAUCCGAACUUUUUCUUCAAACUUGUCAUGGAGGAAACCGUCGGCAUGGGCCUCUGUCUGACUGGGGUCGUUCUUGCUCGUGGCGAUCGUCUCAUGAAAGAACUAGAUUUUGUGCUCAUCGACACCCUGGUGGGCGCAGCGCUCAGCUUCGUGCUCCUGUGGUUGCUCGCACCCAGUGCAACGAUGCAGUCGCUUCAUCAGAGACAUCUAUCGAGUUCGUCAAAUGCAGGACCAGUGAGCGCUCUGCAACAUUAUUUUCGCACACUUCCAUCAUGUGCGUUGGCACCAGCAUCGUCAGCGACGUCCUACUCAUGGAGUCAACGAGCGGUUGCCUUUCUCUACAAGGGAUCGCUCUUUGCAAUCGCCGGUUUCAUGGCCAGUGUGAUUGGCACCUCCAUGGGCUACGCUUUAUUGGCUCUACGGAAGCGCCUCACCGGAAAGGAACCGGAAAACCGAAUGCCUCCCAUUCUCAUCAUGAGUCUGGGUUGGGCAAGUUUCAUGUUCGUUUCCGCGAAUCCUCGGUACCAGGUGGUGACGGCGGCAGAGCUUUUCAUUUAUGAAAAGGCGUCACCUGCGGUUGCCAAAGCCAGCACGGCUAUUCUGCGCACCGUAAACAGUAUUGCCGGAGGUGCAACUUGGGUGCUCUGGGCUCGAGCGUUUGGACUCAACCAGUAG